UUCAGCGCCGUCAUUCUCCCGGACGUCCAACGUUUAACUGCCUUGGUUCCAAAUAGUCAAGGUUUGCAACGACAUCGCCUUUGAUUCACCCCUUCUGUCCGGCAUCAGGGAGCGAGGAGUCGCUCAACGCUCCCCACCCCGGGGCAGACCCCGCUCACCCCCGAGACCGUUCCGGGCGAGCGAGCGAGCGAGCGGGCGCGCUCCGCCCUCGGUUACCCCGGAAGCGGGGCGGGGCGGGGCGGGGACGCGCGAGAUUCGAAUGUUGGUUCGCGCCCGCGGACGCUCCACGGCGCGAGGGAUCGGCGGCGCCAACGGCGGGAUGGCGGCCGAGGCCGGGGUUUCCGAUAUCCAAGAAAAAAUUGACUUUGAAAGUCGGAUGCGGGAAGGGACUUGUAAGCUCCUUGCUGUGUCCACUCAGCGGGAUCAGGUGCUACAUGCUGCCAAAAACCUUCUGACCUGCAGCGCUCGCAUCAUCCGUUACAGAGCUGAGUUGCAGAAGCACUCACAGGGUCAAAUCCUGGCUAAGGUGUCAAGGAGGUCUUUGGACGCUGAAACAAAAGAGUGUGUGCCAUGUUCUGGAAAAGUUGCAAUAUCUGAUAUCCGAAUUCCAUUAAUGUGGAGAGACUCGGAUCACUUUAACUACCGUGGCAGGAGCCAGCGCUUUGCUAUGUUCUGCCUCCUGAAGAUUGAAGCUCAGAUUUUUGACACAGAGAUGGUCAUCGUAGAUAAGGCUCUCACUGACAUCUGCUUUGAGGAUAUGAUGAUUUUCAAUGAUGUGAAGCCAGAUUUUGAGUUGAAAUUGGAAUUGUACAGCUGUUGCAUGAAUGAAGAUCCUUCCAUUGCCAACACUCCCAAGAGACUAGCCAGAAAACUAAGCAACUCGCUCACCAGGUCAACUGGAAAGAAGCUAAUGACCACCCUGGAGAGUGGUGACCUUGAUGCCCUCCUGUUGACCAACCCAGUAGUAGCUGGAGUCAAAUACCAUUUGCUUGCAGAAGCCACAUUAAAUCUUGAUGAUACCGAAACUGGCUUCCGAACUCAUAGCCUCACUAUUGUGGGAAAUGAGGAAGCUUCCUUCUGGCUGCCCUUGUAUGGGCAUGUAUGUUGUCACCUAGUCGCUCAGCCUGAUUGCAUGACAAAGGAUAUGAUGGCCGGAUACCUCAGUCUGCAGCAAAAUAUCGGAGGACUCCCGAACUGGACAAGGUUGUACUGCAUCCUGAAGAGAAGCUGCCUGACCGCAUAUUACUCUCCUGAAGAAAUUGAGGCCCAGGUGGAUCCUGCCCUAAGUAUUGCCAUUAAUAAGGAAACUAGAAUUCGAACCCUGGGGAAAGAUUCACAGAGAAAGACACACAGCUUUUCCAUUAUCAACCCUUACAGUGGGGAGACGUCCAGCCGGGUGUUUGCUGUUGACUCCGAAGCUGAUCUACAGCAAUGGAUGGAGGCUUUCUGGCAACACCUCUGUGAUAUGAGCCAGUGGAAGCAUUGUUGCAAAGAGCUUAUGAAAAUUGAGAUUAUGUCACCACGGAAACCACCUUUAUUCCUCACAAAACAAGCAACUUCAGUCUACAAUGAUAUGAACAUCGAGUCUCCGGUGAAGGAUGAGAGUCUAGUGGAUAUUAUCCGGAAUAGAAUCCAGGAGACGGACGGAGAGUUCCUACUGGGUCAGCAGGAAGAGUCCAAUCCACCACGGUGGGCAGCUCUCUUUGAUGGCACUCACGAUAUGGUCUUCCAGAAGAGCAGCCCAACUCCAGAGGGGGCAGGUCUCCCUACCCCAACGUCUCCAGGAAGAGCCAAGAAGCGGCCGGCCCCCGCUCCACCAGUAGGGAAGCUGCCCUACCGGCCGGGAAAAUCUGACCCAGAUCAGCAGCAGAAAGAGAACACUCCUUUAUCUUCUGGCAGGAGAUCCAAGCUGCAGCGUGCUCCUCCUUUGCCUGAGCCACGCAGUAAGGUCACAAGCAAAGACACCACCCAGGCGAUGUCCAAGCCUCCUCUGCCAGCCAGGCCAGUACUCUAACGC